CAUUAAGUUAGUCGGAAGACAUUCGCGAGUGUUAUUAUAUUGGAGUAUUCAAUAAACAAAGUGUAUCUGCCUAUUUUCGCUUCGUGUCAGGAAGCCGCUUCAUAACUCAAAAGUUUAUGCGGACUUUUGAGUUAAUUCGUUUGGGGUUCGGAGUAGGAGUCUACUCCGAGGGUGGGGGCUUAGGUUUCAUCAUCAUCACCUUUCAUCAUUUCAUUAAUCAUCAAGAAAAAAAAAUACGUCAGACAUGGCUGUAUGGGCAUAGUUCCCUUUGCCUUACCCUUCGGGGAAAACCAAACCAAAAAAAAAAAAAAAAAUCCAAAUCAAAUCAACAAAAUAGUCAAAUCCCAUGGUCAAAUCAAAGGAAUCAAUGAAAAGGCAAAUUUAGUUGAGCUUGAUGGUUAUAAAUAAAAUAACAGUAUCGGUUGAAAUGUGCAUCAUUUGUGCGUUUAUUUUGGAUAUUCAGGUUAAUUUGUAUUACAUACCGUUUUUGACAAUUAAUCGGUGAUAUUUAUGCAAACAUUAGUCGUUAUUCUUCUGGUUAUCUAGCGUGUUUGGUUCUACGUUGCUCGUUUCUAAUAAGCAAUGGAAAUAAGGAUGGUUAUCCUUCACUGACACACAGUUACAUUAGUUGGCAUAACGGUGCGUGGAGUAAGUGAAAAACGUGAUUUUAAGUGUAGGGUCGGUAGAGUAAUCUCUGCAAUGACGGGUGAUCGGUCGCACCGUAGUAGCCGCCGCAGCCGCUCGCGGUCUCGUCGUCGCAGCCCGUCCCGGCAGCGGCGCCGUAGCAGGUCGGGUUCCGGCGGCCGCAGUCGCCGCGAACGCGUGCCUCCCCGGCCACGCAGCCAUGAUCGUGAGCGCGCCACUUGCUCGCGAGACCUGGGUGGAGGUGGACUCGGCAGUGGUCUGGGUGGCAGUGGCGGUCUUGGCGGCGGCGGCAGCGGGCGCUACAAACCGCAGGAGGAGGAGUUCCUGGACGCGCGCCGUAUAGAGCGCGAGCGCAUCGGGGAGCUCGGGGUUGCAGCUGUCUGGGGGAAGUCACCGCUCAGGCCCGAUUCCGAUGACGAACCUUCUUCACAGACGGAUGCCUCGAACAAGACUAAAGAAAAGAAAAAGAAGAAAUCGAAGGACAAGAGUAAGGAAACAAAACAUAAACUAAAAAAACUUAAGAAGAAAUUGAAAAAGAUGAAACAGGAACGGAAGAAAGCGAAAAAGAAGUCGCGCAGUUCUAGUGACAGCUCCGGUUCUAGCGAAGACGAAAUUUGGGUCGAAAAAGGAAAAGAACAUGAGGUGGAAAUAAAGAAGUCGGGCAGUAAAGAGAAGAAGGCGGAGAGAUCGGAGCGCGCGGAGGAGGAGGGCGGCGAGGUGGUGGGCCCCGUGCCGCGGGCCGGGCCCGUGCUGGGCCACAAGGACUUCGGGCGGGCGCUGCUGCCCGGCGAGGGCGCCGCCAUGGCCGCCUACGUGGCCGAGGGCAAGCGCAUCCCGCGGCGCGGCGAGAUCGGCCUCACCUCCGACGAGAUCGCGUCCUACGAGUCCGUCGGCUACGUCAUGAGCGGCAGCCGCCACCGCCGCAUGGAGGCCGUGCGCAUCCGCAAGGAGAACCAGAUCUACUCGGCCGACGAGAAGCGCGCGCUCGCCGCCUUCAGCAAGGAGGAGCGCCAGAAGCGCGAGAACGCCAUCCUGGCGCAGUUCCGCGACGUGCUGCAGGCGCGGGCGCAGCGCCGCGACUCCUAGCCGCUACCCGCUAUGCGGUCUGUCGUCCAAAUAAAACGCUAUGACGAUUUA